CAGCCAUCUUGCAAUUUAUGUUCUUCUUACUCCAUCUUGACUGUUCUCUUUCCGGUUAGCUUUCGAGCAAAGAUGCCUUCCGUAACACUGAAAGAUGUUGACCAACACAAGUUCGUCAAGGCUUUUGCCGCGUUUUUGAAAAAAACAGGCAAAAUGCGUGUUCCGGAAUGGGUGGACAUUGUAAAAUCGGCACGUUUCAAGGAACUCGCACCGUACGAUCCAGACUGGUACUACAUUAGGUGUGCUGCAUUGGUACGUCACAUUUACAUCCGUAGCCCGAUUGGUGUUGGAGCAGUGACAAAAAUCUUUGGAGGUCGUAAACGCAACGGCACACACCCUAGCCACUUCUGCAGAUCCGCAGGUGGAGUAGCCCGCAAAGCUCUUCAGAGCUUGGAACAACUGAAACUCAUUGAAAAGGCUCCACUCGGUGGACGCAAACUUACCAGCCAAGGUCGUAGAGAUUUAGAUCGCAUUGCUGCACAAGUCAAAGCAAAAAGCAAAAAACAACUGAAAAUGCAGGAGACGCUUGUUCUAUAAUUUUUUGUUUCUAUAAUAAAAAUGAAAAAUUCAUACA